CCGGGAAAUUCUGUUCCCUUCUCCACCCUCCGGGCUCAGACUUGCAAAAUCCCCAACCUUCCCUCUCUUCCUCCUCCCUUCUCUGCCUCUGCUCUCCAGCUGAUAAAUGUCCAGGAGUAACAAAGUACUUCCCCAUUCUCUUCUAAGGAAAGGGAAACAUCUGUAGUUCCUCCAGCCAGAUGCUGCUUGCAGCUGCAGCUGCACUCAGUAAGUGACAAGGAGGGGUGGAAAUACCACAGGCAGCAGAGUGUGCAAGGUGACCAUUGUACCUGUCCAUUAUGGAGAAGAACACUACAAUGAUUCCGCUGACUACAGAUGUACCUAACAAGAAGGAGACGGUGUGCAUUUUUGGAACAGGCGAUUUUGCAAGAUCUCUAGGACACAAAAUGAUGCAGUGUGGCUAUUCUAUAGUGUUUGGAAGCCGAGGUGCUCAGACUUCUUCUCUGAUCCCUGAAGGAGCCACAGUGCUUUCUCAUGCAGAAGCUGCAGAGACAUCUGCUGUUAUCAUUUUAGCAGUCCACAGAACACAUUACAGCUUUCUGGAAAACCUAAGGGAAGUACUCCGUGGGAAAGUGAUGGUGGAUGUGAGCAACAACCUCAAAAUAAACCAGUACCCGGAAUCCAAUGCUGAAUAUCUUGCCCAGCUCCUGCCAGGAAGCAAAGUGGUGAAAGCAUUUAACACUGUGUCAGCCUGGGCUCUGCAGUCAGGUGCUCUGGAUGCAAGCAGACAGGUAUUUGUCUGUGGAGAUGACAGCAAGUCAAAGGAAAAGGUGAUGGAGAUCAUUCGAAGCCUUGAUCUUACUCCAUUGGAUAAAGGGUCUCUCUUAGCAGCGACGGAAAUUGAGAAUUACCCUUUGCAACUUUUCCCAAUGUGGAAAUACCCCAUCUAUCUCUCCCUUGUCCUCAGUGCAUUCAUCUUCUUCUACAGUGUGGUUCGCGAUGUGGUCUAUACUUACACUAAGAAACAAGUGGACCGUUCCUUUUUUAUUGCCAUCAGCAUCCCAAACCGUGUCUGCCCUGCUGUGGCACUCAUCCUCCUUGCUCUGGUUUACUUGCCUGGGAUCUUUGCUGCUGUUCUCCAGCUAUACAGAGGUACAAAGUACAGACGCUUUCCAGAUUGGCUAGACAAAUGGAUGCUCUGCAGGAAACAGCUUGGCUUGGUAGCCUUGGCUUACGCUUUCCUCCAUGUUUUGUAUACACUCGUUAUCCCUAUUCGGGGCUAUGUACGAUGGAGGUGGAACUCUUAUGCCAUUGCACAGGUGUUGAACAACAAAACAGAACCACUGAACAAUGAAAGAGCCUGGAUUAGUGACUCGUAUCUUUCUUUGGGCAUCUUGGGGUUCUUUCUGUUUGUCCUCCUGGGAAUAACAUCCUUGCCCUCUGUCAGCAACAGUGUCAACUGGAGAGAGUUUCGCUUCGUACAGUCUUCUCUGGGCUACCUGACGCUGGUGUUGUGCACUGCCCAUACACUGCUCUACGGUGGGAAGAGGUUCCUGAACGCUGGCUCCUACCCAUGGUGCCUUCCUUCCGUUUACAUCCUCUCUCUCAUUAUCCCCUGCAUUGUGUUGGCCAUGAAGUUUUUCCUCAUAUUUCCAUGUAUCGAUCGGCCGUUAACUGAUAUUCGACAGGGCUGGGAAAGAAUACCCAAAGGCAUAAGCCAGACAAACAGCAGCCAAUGCAGGUCAGCUGUAUAAGCUCUUAGCAAAUGUACAGUUUCAACACACAUUAUCUGCAAUAGCAAAAAGAAAAGUGCAAGCAAUUUAUACGCAUCAAAAAUAAGCUCAGAAAUUAUGUGUUCCAUUAUUACUCUGUAAUGUAAGGCCCAGCAACUCUCAGCGGCAACUGGUCAAUAUUCAGCUAAGGUGUUUAGGGGAUGAGUGCACCUUCCUUUUCUGGAUUUGAGACUGAAGGAAACAAUUAUAGCCUUUGCCCUAUCUCCUCUGUGUAAGAGGAGCCCAAUAUACAGUGGGCCACAUCUGAGAAUAUGAAUUACACUGAUGAUGAGAAAGUUUAUGGCAGCACUCCCAAACCAGAUUCCCUUCAGAUGUUUUGCACUAGUUCCCAUCAUCCCUGAUGACUGAUCAGUUCAGAACAUUUGGAGGGCAAUAAGUUGGGAAAGCCUGGUCUAUAGACAAAGCAAUAAUAAAUUUGAACUAUGGCUUUUGGUCCUACUCUGUGCCUUUUCAGAUUUAUGUUCUCUUUCAAAUUUGAGCAGCACUUUAAAGGUUCCUAAAUUGACUAUGCUUUCCUAGGCCAUGUAUACUGUGAAAUGUACACACCUGCAAUUUCCUCUCAUUGUGACGGAAGGUGUUCAUUACUUUAUGGAGAAUGUGUUGAUAGUUAAACACAAUGGAUUUCCGACCCCCCUAUAAAUUCAUGGUCUUUGUGGUUUGGGACUGGAUUUGAAUUUGAAUUUUAAAUUCAUUUUUGCUACGAUGGACUCAGGACCCAACAAAAUUGUUUAAUUAUAGUGUUGCCCUGCAUAUACCAAUGAAUAAGGUUAUGGUUAAGCUACACUUAUAAGCUUGAUCAAUAACAGACAACUGAUUUUAUUCAAGCUUCUUGGGCUCCGAUACUGCCUAUUGCUGUAUAUUAUGUAUUGUAUUUUUUUACCAUUUUUAAUAAUAUUCAAUAAAACAAAUGCCUUGUGUUUUCCACACAAAAAUCGCUAACCGUGGUCAGCAUACCAUAAAGAGAUCCUACUCAUAAACCUCUAUGUACAAACUUUGCUCACCAACAUUUAUAUUUUGUAUAUCCUGAUCAUCAUCAUAAAUAAAGUUUUAAGAACAAAGUCUCUUUGCUACACCUACAAGUGUGGUCGCAGGUGGUCAUGGACCAGAUCUAGGUGCUGAUAGAGGAAAUUGAUUUUCCAGAUCAGGGAGACCCACCCAACAUUUCAUACCAAGUGGGCCGCAAGAGUACUUGUUUGCAAAUAUUCAUAGACCGGGGUGGGGAACUUGCUGCUGUAUAGACUCUGGCUUCCAUUAGCCCCAGUCAGUGUGGCCAAGUUCAGGAAGGAGACCUAAUGAUCUCCCAUCCCUGAUGUCAACUCCAUAUAUAGUACAUGUUGGCAUUUGCCUCUCUUUUUUCAAAAGCGAACUUGCAGCGCCCCUUGCCACUUCCCCCUCUUAAAAAAAGAGAAUCUAAUUCAGAAUUCUUUGACUAAAAAAAGGCAAAUACUGGAGUGACAGUGUGCCACAGAGAGCAAAACUACAAUCCUCCUGUAGCUGAUGUUUCUUGAGCUCCUACGAUGAGGACAUUGACUUGGAGAAUAUUGUUCUUGCUAUUGAAGUGACAUGACUCUCAGCCACCAUGCAGAGAGACAUGUCUAGCACAAUGAGUUUAAUGAAUGUAAACACUUCUGAGUGGCUGGAGGUACUGCUUCCAAGACUGUUAGUAGAGUUGAUUGUCAGGAGCUGCAGAAGGUGUUGACAUCUAUGGGCUGAGUUGUGAAGCUUUACAUUGGCUGGGGUUUGGUUGGCGCUAGGCAAAUCCAAGGAAGCCCUAUGCCAAUCUGCUUAAUAUGAUUGGAGGUUAUGGACCUGUCAGUCUUGGUAGGGUGCACUCCCUUACCAGUCACCACUGCAAUGCACAGCGCGGAGGUGGAAGGGGGCGUUGACUAUUAACUGCAUUUUCAUAUUACAUUCCACAAGUGGGUCCUACAACAAAAUGUUGCAAUGUGGAGUGCUUCUAUACAGGGUGCCGGUCAGUCAUGCACUCAUCAAAAUGGCUCAAGCAAUUCAGCAAACAGCAAAAUACAGUUUUCAUACUUUUUGAACUUACAGUAAUUGCCUGUAGGGAUUGAUUCUGAGGCUUAAGUGCAGGCAAAAAAGAUCAUGGCUGCAACUUCAGGUGACUGACAGGUGGCUUUUUCCUUCCAUCUCAUUCACACAUUUUUCACUUCUCAGCAGCCCUAUGUUAUGCUUCAUGACCCAAGCUUUGCAAGAAACUCAGAUUUGUUACUGAAGAGACAAUUUGCAGAGCAUUAGAAAGGUUAUGGGGUGAGGGAGAUAACACACUCAUUAGCAGCCAUUUUUGUGUGAAGGUGAAGAAAGGGUAAAGAAAAAUCAGCUUGACGGUUCCAUUCCUUAGAGCAAUGGUGGCAAACCUUUUAGAGAACGAGUGCCCAAACUGCAAGCCAAAACCGACUUAUUUAUUGCAAAGUGCCCAAAGUUGUUGAGCUUUAUUGGGGAGAGACAGAACAGCAGAAAAAACACCUCGGUUUUCGCCAUCUCCCUCCCUCUUCCCCGCUCCCACCGGGCGUGCUCCCCGGCUAGCUGGCCUGCUCACUUUCGGGCCGCUGCAAUGGGGAGGGCGGAGCAGCCCUGAGGCCAGGUGAGUGGCGGCAGCCGUGAGAAGAGGGAGAGCCCUCACGCAAGUCAGCCAGCCCAACAGCUGCGGCUGCCUGCCUGCUCCCCGCCCAUGAUCCUGGCAUGGUCUUCCCCAUAUUCCUCCCUCCCUCCAGCAAUGUUGCCACGGCAAAGGGGUGAGGCUAGGUUGGGCCAGGGUGCAGGGAGGCAGUGGGUGCAAUUGCCCUCCUAGCCCAGGGAGGUCAGGCCCACAGGAGGCGAGGGGCCU